AUGUUUUAGGCUCUAGGAUUACUUCAGACUCAAUGUCUAUGCCUGAACAUGUCUUGACAAAUGAAUCUAUACAUGUGUCUUCUGUUGCACACAUUGAACACAUAGUACAUGAUAGUGUAGUAGAUGCAGAAAUCGUCACUGAUCCUCUCACCACCGACAUAGUUUCAGAAGAAGUAUUGGUAGCAGAUUGUGCCUCUGAAGCAGUCUUAGAUGCCAAUGGAAUCCCUGUGGACCAACAAGAUGAUAAAGGCAACUGUGAAGACUACCUUAUGAUUUCCUUGGAUGAUGCGGGUAAAAUAGAACACGAAAAUUCCUCUGGAGUGACCAUGGAUGCAGAGGCAGAAAUGAAUCCUUGUAAAGUAGAUGGCACUUGCCCUGAAGUGAUCAAAGUGUACAUUUUUAAAGCUGACACUGGAGAGGAUGACUUAGGUGGAACUGUAGACAUUGUAGAGAGUGAGCCUGAUAAUGAUCAUGGAGUCGAAUUACUUGAUCAGAACAGCAGUAUUCGUGUUCCCAGGGAAAAGAUGGUUUAUAUGGCUGUUGAUGAGUCUCAACAAGAAGAUGAAGAUCUAAAUGUUGCUGAAAUUGCUGAUGAAGUUUAUAUGGAAGUGAUUGUAGGAGAGGAAGAUGCUGCUGUUGCAGCAGCUGCUGCUGCUGUACAUGAACAACAAAUGGAUGACAAUGAAAUCAAAACCUUCAUGCCAAUAGCAUGGGCAGCUGCUUAUGGUAAUAAUUCUGAUGGAAUUGAAAACGGAAAUGGCACUGCCAGUGCCCUCUUGCACAUAGAUGAGUCUGCUGGUCUUGGCAGACUGGCUAAACAAAAACCAAAGAAAAGGAGAAGACCUGAUUCCAGGCAGUACCAAACAGCAAUAAUUAUUGGCCCUGAUGGACAUCCCUUGACUGUCUAUCCUUGCAUUAUUUGUGGGAAGAAGUUUAAGUCCAGAGGAUUCUUGAAAAGGCACAUGAAAAACCAUCCUGAGCACCUUACCAAGAAGAAGUAUCACUGUACUGACUGUGACUAUACUACCAACAAAAAGUUAAGUUUACACAACCAUCUAGAAAGCCACAAGCUGACCAGCAAGACAGAGAAGGUUAUUGAAUGCGAUGAGUGCGGGAAGCAUUUCUCUCAUACUGGUGCUUUGGUUACUCACAAAAUGAUUCAUAAAGAAAAAGUAGCUAACAAAAUGCACAAGUGUAAAUUCUGUGAUUAUGAGACGGCUGAACAAGGGCUAUUGAAUCGCCACCUCUUGGCAGUCCACAGCAAGAACUUUCCUCAUUUUUGUGUGGAGUGUGGUAAAGGUUUCCGUCACCCAUCAGAGCUCAAAAAGCACAUGAGAAUCCAUACUGGCGAGAAGCCAUACCAAUGCCAGUACUGCGAAUAUAGGUCUGCAGACUCUUCUAAUUUAAAAACACAUGUAAAAACUAAGCAUACUAGAGAAAUGCCAUUCAAAUGUGACAUUUGUCUUCUGACUUUCUCCGAUAUCAAAGAGGUGCAGCAGCAUGCUCUUAUCCACCAAGAGAGCAAAACACACCAGUGUUUGCAUUGUGAUCACAAGAGUUCGAACUCAAGUGAUUUGAAAUGACACAUUAUUUCAGUUCACACAAAGGACUACCCCCACAAGUGUGACAUGUGUGAUAAAGGCUUUCAUCGGCCUUCAGAACUUAAGAAACAUGUGGCUGCUCACAAGGGUAAAAAAAUGCAUCAGUGUAGACAUUGUGAUUUUAAGAUUGCAGAUCCAUUUGUUCUGAGUCGCCAUAUUCUCUCAGUUCACACAAAAGAUCUUCCAUUUAGGUGUAAGAGAUGUAGAAAGGGUUAGGGAUUUAGACAACAGAAUGAACUUAAAAAGCAUAUGAAGACACACAGUGGCAGGAAAGUGUAUCAGUGUGAGUACUGUGAGUAUAGCACUAGAGACGCCUCAGGCUUUAAACGGCAUGUUAUUUCUAUUCAUACAAAAGACUAUCCUCACCGAUGUGAGUACUGCAAGAAAGGGUUCCGAAGACCUUCAGAAAAGAACCAGCACAUCAUGCGACAUCAUAAAGAAGUUGGCCUGUCCUAACAGUACUUACAGAGAUGAUUGAAAAAAUAACUGGUGUUCGUAGAAACUUCAUGUUAAAGACAGUUACUAUCACUUACUUAAAUACUGUAUUAAUUUAUGCUAUGUACAAAAGCAAUUAUUCCAACAUUUCUUUAUAUUUUAUUCAAGAAUAUUCUGAAUGCUGUUCAGUCCUCUAAUAAGUUUGGGCAACUGGCAACAAUUAGGUUGCUUUCGAGAAGGUAAUCGCACAAUCUAUACUGAAUUUACAGUUUUAGAGCUUUACUGUUUUAACUAUUUACACUGUUCACCGUGAUGGUACUUGUCUAAGACAAAGUAAGAUUGGUAACUCUAACAGUAAAGAUGUUUUCCCCCACAUAAAUUUUUUUUCCAUUAAUAGAUGCAUCUGCUAAUAUAAACUGGGAGAUUUUAAUGUCACAUCUUAUAACAUGGAAAUCAUUUUCUUGUCUUUCUUACUGUUCUUUUCAAACUACCUGACAGACUAAAUUCGAAACUCUAGCAUAUGGAACACUGACUAGAUUUGUAUUUGGUUUUCAUUUUGUUUAAUAGGCAAAAUAUGCAGCUAAAGAAAGCUUACAUUUUCUUUUCAGUGCUUUCAUCUUUUGUCAACAUAGCCAACAUAAAAAAUUAUAUUGCAAGGGCAUGUAUUUUUUUUAUUCUAUCUGUGUUGAUUUACCUUGGAAUAAUAUUUUAAAAACAUGACUUAACUGAAGAUUUAAUUUAGAGGUAAAUGUGGCUCCUAAGAUUUUUUGCAACUUGAUGUGUAUGCUGUACACUGAAUUUGAGAUAUGAGUGUGUUUGCUCAAAACAUAUUUAAUGACAAUCUCAAAUUUGAUAAAAUGUGGAAUAGUUUGAAAGAUGUUAUGAUUUUUAAGAGCUGCUUGGUAAACUUGUUCUUGAGAGCAUUGAUUCACAUGAAGAAUUAGAAGGAAAAUAAGGACACUGGAAAGGGCAAAGCUAUUCUUUAAAUAUUUUUGAUAACUGAAAAAUGGAAAGUAAGGUAUUCCUAGGUGAAAUGUUUUCAUAUAAUUUCACAUUCAUACCUUAAAUCUUGUCUCCUUCUGGGAGGCUAAUUCAGUUUUCUGUUGAGAAUUCUGUGAGGAAACUCUAUUUUAAAAAAGAGACAAUUAAAGAAGUAAUGGCUCCAUGUGUUUGUUACCACCUGGGAUUUGCAAGUCCAGUCUUUUUCAUUGUUUAGAGAGUUUGCAAAAUUUAAAAAGAUUUAAAAUGCAAGUUGGCUUUGAUUGGAAGAUAAAAGUAGGUUUUAGUAACUAAAAUCCUGUUGCAUUGUUGGAAUCUACCAGGUCUUUCAGUUUUAUCUUAUGUUUGAGAGUUAACAUUUUUAGCAGUUAGUAAGUAAUUUUUCAGUUAAUAAAGUGAAUGCAACUCACUAGGAUUUGGUGAAUAUGAAUAUGAAUUUUGGAGAACCGAAGCCACUUUUUAAGUUACGUCAGUUGAGUAUUACACAUACAUAUUUCGCACAAGGGAAUUAGAAAACUUCUUCCCCAUUUGAUAACUGAUUUCAUUAAGUUGCUUCAUUCCACUUAUCAUAACCGUUAAGUUUUUAUCUGUCAUCUUUCUAUAUGGUACUAAGUUAUAUUCAGAAGCUGUAUUUACAGGAUUAGAAGUCUAAGUGGUGUUUAACAGCCCCUAUUAUGCUAGAUUAAUUUAGUCUAGUUUAAAAGUCACUGGGCAUAUGGGAAUUUAAACCUAAUGUCAGCCAAAGCCCUGGAAUAGAUUUUGUUUUGGAACAUCUUACUCCUUUUUAGAACAUAGUCAUACCUUCUCCCAGUUUUUAAUGUUAUUCUCUGUCCUGUUUCUGAAAACUCUGUUUCUUAUUUACUUCUAAAACCUUAUUUGAAUUUGAAUUUUUUCCUUGGGUAAUAGAAAAUGCUUAUAAGACAUUUAUUUAGGAAUUUUAAAACAUUCUGUGAAGUUUAUUGAUGAGGAAAUCAGUACAUAUUUAUAUUUUAGAAUGAAUUGAAAGAUUAAUACAACAAGGCUUAUUUCUCAUAUAGGCUGGAGUUAUUCAAAGGUUUUUUUUU